AUGGCACCAAUCUUCCGGAACUACCGGUUUGCUAUCACCGCGUUUGCUGUCAUCAUGCUUAUCUUACUAAUCAAAACAUCAACAACGGGUCCAAGUAUUGAUAUUGCUCGUAAAGUUGCACCCACCGCCAAUAUUCCGAAGACACCAGAAGAUGUUUCUAUUUUGCCUAUUAGUGAUAAACCAGGAUACAUUGAUGAUGCGAAGACAGAACAAAACAAUCCCGAGCUGACCGAUGCUGUGAAAUCGCAAAAUAGUAACACAUGUAAGAAAGACCAUAAGUAUGUCAUCAUGAUCGAUGGUGGUUCCUCUGGUUCCAGAAUUCACGUAUACGAAUUUGACAUAUGUACUUCUCCACCUACAUUGAUCAAUGAAACGUUUGAAAUGUUACAACCUGGCUUAUCCUCGUUUGACAACGAUUCUGCCGGUGCCGCUAAAUCGCUAGAUCCAUUAUUGACCGUGGCCAUGUCUGCUGUUCCUGUCAAGGCAAGAAGCUGUACUCCAGUUAGUUUGAAAGCUACUGCAGGGCUAAGACUUUUGGGUGAAGCCAAAUCCGCAAAGAUUUUGAAGGCUGUAAGGGAUCAUUUGGAGAAGGAUUAUCCUUUCCCAGUUGUAGAAGGUGACGGUAUUUCUAUCAUGGGCGGUGACGAAGAAGGUGUCUUUGCUUGGAUUACCACAAAUUACCUUUUGGGUAACAUUGGUACCGGUGGCUCUAAAUUGCCUACUAGCGCCGUCUUUGACUUGGGUGGUGGCUCUACACAAAUCGUAUUUGAGCCUACUUUCCCACCAAAUGAAAAAAUGGUUGAGGGCGAACACAAGUUUGAUUUAAAAUUUGGUGGUGAAACGUAUACGCUUUACCAAUUCUCUCAUCUAGGUUACGGUUUGAACCAGGUCAGAAAUAAGAUCAAUUCCGUUCUUGUAGAAAGCGCCUUGAAGAAAGGUACCAUCUUGGAAGGUGAUGUUACGACGACUCAUAAUUUAUCAUCUCCAUGCCUGCCACCUAAAGUCAACGCCCUCAAGGAAAAAGUUAAAUUAAAGUCAGGCGAAACCUAUAUCAUUGACUUUAUGGGACCCGAGGUACCGAGUGGUCCGCAAUGUAGAUUUUUGGCCGACACAAUUUUGAAUAAAGACGCUGAAUGUAAGAAGCCACCAUGCUCUUUUAACGGUGCUCACCAACCUUCUUUGGUUCGUACUUUCAAAGAAACAAAUGAUCUCUACAUUUUCUCUUACUUUUACGACAGAACCCACCCCUUAGGAAUGCCGCUAUCAUUUAGUUUAAAUGAAUUAAUGGAGUUGGCAAGAACGGUAUGUAAUGGCGAAGAAGUCUGGAAGAGUGUUUUCACUGGGAUCGAGGGAUCCUUGGAUGAACUGAAAAGCGACCCACACUUCUGUAUGGAUUUGAACUUCCAAGUAUCUUUACUACACACAGGUUACGAUAUCCCAUUAAAUAGGGAAUUAAAGACUGCCAAGAAAUUAGCCAAUAACGAAAUUGGUUGGUGUUUAGGUGCGUCAUUACCGCUGUUAGAAUCUGACAAUUGGGCAUGUAAAGUCAGUAAAAUUGAAUAA